GUGUGCUGCUCCUAUGGGCUCGUUAUUAUAAGAGCUCGUCUGUAGCUCUGUGGCUAGCUAGGUCGGUCGGUCGGUUGUUAGUCGGUUGUCAGUGGGUUGUUUUCUUGAUAGCCGUCUCGGGGUUCCCACUCGUCGCCGCUGAAGCUGAACUCCGCCACUGCAAAACCUCGCUCAUUACAGCGGCUCAACCAGACGGUCUCUAGGUUACAGAUGGACCAGCAGGACCAGUCCUAUAUGUUUGCCAGUCUGAAACGGCCUCACUCGGAGCAGUUGCUGCAAGGCCUCCAGCUCUUGCGGCAGGAUCACGAACUAUGUGACAUUGUCCUGCGUGUGGGUGAUGCCAAGAUCCAUGCCCACAAAGUAGUGCUGGCCAGCAUCAGCCCUUACUUCAAGGCCAUGUUCACGGGUAACCUGUCGGAAAAGGAGACCUCCGAGGUGGAAUUCCAGUGCAUCGAUGAGACAGCCUUGCAGGCCAUUGUUGAGUAUGCCUACACUGGCACGGUGUUUAUCUCCCAGGAAACAGUGGAAUCUCUGCUACCGGCUGCCGACCUGCUCCAGGUUAAGCUAGUACUUAAGGAGUGCUGCUCCUUCUUAGAGAGCCAGCUGGAUGCUGGAAACUGUAUAGGCAUCUCCCGCUUUGCAGAGACAUAUGGCUGUCAUGACCUGUGCCUGGCUGCAACCAAGUUCAUCUGUGAGAACUUUGAGGAAGUUUGUCUGACGGAGGAGUUUUUUGAACUGACAAGGGCCGAGUUGGAUGAAAUUGUGUCCAACGACUGCCUUAAGGUGGUCACGGAGGAGACUGUAUUUUACGCCCUGGAGUCGUGGAUCAAAUACGAUGUGACUGAGAGACAGCAGCAUCUGGCUCAGCUGCUGCACUGUGUUCGCCUUCCACUCCUCAGCGUCAAAUUUCUCACUCGCCUAUACGAAGCCAACCACCUUAUACGAGAUGAUCACGCAUGCAAGCACCUGCUCAAUGAGGCCCUUAAAUAUCAUUUUAUGCCUGAGCACCGGCUCUCCUAUCAGACUGUGUUGUCGGCACGGCCCAGGUGUGCCCCAAAGGUGCUGCUUGCAGUAGGAGGCAAGGCUGGAUUGUUUGCAACAUUAGAAAGCAUAGAAAUGUAUUUCCCUCGGACAGAUUCAUGGAUAGGACUGGCCCCUCUCAGUGUGCCCCGGUAUGAAUUUGGAGUGGCGGUGCUGGACCACAAGGUGUAUGUGGUGGGAGGCAUCGCCACGCACAUGAGACAGGGCAUUAGCUAUCGGAGACACGAGAGCACAGUGGAGAGCUGGGACCCCGAAAGCAACACCUGGUCCUCGGUGGAGCGCAUGGCCGAGUGCCGCAGCACACUCGGGGUGGUGGUCCUGGCAGGCGAGCUGUAUGCCCUCGGAGGCUACGACGGCCAGUACUACCUGCAGUCGGUGGAGAAAUACGUCCCUAAGUUGAAGGAGUGGCAGCCUGUGGCGCCCAUGACCAAGUCCCGCAGCUGCUUUGCCACCGCCGUGCUGGACGGCAUGGUGUACGCUAUUGGAGGCUAUGGCCCGGCCCAUAUGAACAGCGUGGAGCGGUACGACCCCAGCAAGGAUGCCUGGGAAAUGGUAGCCCCCAUGGCAGACAAGAGGAUCAACUUCGGGGUAGGCGUCAUGCUCGGCUUCAUAUUUGUGGUGGGCGGACACAACGGAGUGUCGCACCUGUCUAGCAUCGAGAGGUACGAUCCCCAUCAGAACCAGUGGACAGCCUGUCGGCCAAUGAAUGAACCACGCACCGGUGUGGGCUCUGCCAUCGUGGACAACUACCUCUAUGUGGUGGGAGGUCACUCCGGGUCAUCCUACCUGAACACUGUCCAGCGCUAUGACCCCAUCUCAGACAGCUGGUUGGACUCGAGCGGCAUGAUGUAUUGCCGUUGCAACUUUGGCCUGACUGCCCUUUGACCCAUGGCCCAGCCAGCUAGGACCCAAUAAGAGAACUUAGACACAAAGACGUUUCUUUUUUGUUGUCUCCUCCUCCUCCUCCCCCACAUUCAUCCUCCAGGUGCAGAGGAGCGCUGCACACCGACGUGAACACCAGAGGAGACGAUGAUAGAGCCUGCUGGGUGGAUGGAUGUGCCGGGCUAGCUUGGCCGGCUAGAGGGGGGACCACAGACAUGGCUGCAGAGAUGAGAAAGAGCUGCAACGUUGUGCGGAACGGAGAGGAAGACGAUUGGACAGCUGUUGUCACGGGCAAGAGGAGACGACCGCUCUACUGCUGCUGGACCACAAUGAGGACUCUGAGCCAUUUCCCAGAGGAUUGUGGGAGAAAACUUGUCACUUUUUGUUUCAAAAUUCUGUUAUGUUAGCAGACAUUUUUUUGUUUUCCUUCAUGCCAUUAAUUAUGUUUAACACUCAAAUCUUUUUUUUUUUUAUUAAUUUCCCUGCUGCAACUGGAACCAUGUGUUCAGAUUUUGUAGAACACCGCAGUUUGCUGGUGUAUGGAUGUGUGGUUGUCGGCCAUGUAGUGCGUAUGUCCGUGUGUAUGCUCGAGGGGUACAUGCAUGUCAGAUAGGAUUGUUUGUUUUCGUUACGUGUCCGGGUGCAGAGCUGACGCUCGGGGCUCAGCGACGCAGGAGUUCUGCAUUGAAUUCAGUGCUUCACAAAAAAGAGAAAAGUUGGAAUCUUUAUAUUUUCAAAAAGGGCUGCCUUUUUCUCUCUUGUAAAUAGUCUAAAUAAAAUAUAUAGAUAUGAAUAUAUCCUCUAGUGCAUUGCCUGUAAAUGUUUUUCUGCACUGGGUCACUAGCGUGCGUGCGGAUGUGUGUGUAGUUUGAGUCCAAGGGUCAGUGUAGAGGUGAGUGGCAAAUACCCUCCUGGGAGCGUUUGUCGCUAGUUUCUGCUUCACCCUCAGAGCCAUUUAUUUAAACCCCCCCCCCCCCCCCCCCCCCUCCCACAAUGUUCUAGCUUCUGUUACAUCUUCCUAAGGUCAGGUCAUGCACUUGCUACUCUUCACAAUAGUUGAAAUCGACCUUGGCCCUCGUUUCACCCUUUGGUCUGUACACAAUACCAACUGGUGCUAUAUUUAGGAUUCAGGAUUCAGCUGUUUGUCUGUGUUGCCUCACACAAUUAGGUCAACCUCUGUUCAGCUUCUGCUCCAUUACUGUGUAAGAUGUUAUUUGAUUUAUGCGCAAGAGAAAUGCGUAAAGUUUAAUGGCCCCCAACCAUGCAAUAAAAUGAAGUCCUACUGAAACGGAAGCCUGUGGUUGGAAAACCGCAAACUUCUGUCCUCAUAAAUAUCUAAAACGUCUGAAAAUUAGCACUAAGUUUGGCUCGAUGACUUCCCCUUCCUCACAUUGUCCCUGUUGCUGGAUGUGAGCAUGCUUUGUCAUUGUCUCAAUGCCUGUUCCCAGUACAGUAUCACCCUCUUGGCUAUGAACAAGACUUUUUCUUGCCUGUGAUUGGGUCUGACACCUGCUCGCUACCAAACAUGUGAUCCUCAUAUGGCCAAGGUCUUGCUUGCAAGCUCAGGUUUGAGGUAAUCCGUUCACAGCUUCAUGUGAAGUGCCAAAACAUGACUUUUUUUAUUUCAUCUUUCCCACCUCCAGUGCUAGAAACGGCUUCCUUCGUGUGCCACAAUUGAAACUUCUUCGUCCUUAUUGCUAAAGUAUUAGCAUGACAUUCUUCCAUGCUGUCAUAUGGAGACGGAUGAUAAAAGCACCAAGGGCUGUGCCAGCCAACUCAGGCCAUGUUCCCACUGUCACCAGUCCCGUGUCCUGGGAGAGAGACCGGAGUGCUCCCCUGGCUGGCUGAGGGUGUUACCCUGUGCAGCCUUGGGGCAGUAACAGCUAGGCUAACAGCUAGGCUAACGGACAGGUCAAGCAAUGCACAGCAAUAGAGGGGGCACUAGACUAGGAAAAGCUAGGGUGUGGUGUGUCUUGUCGAGUCACUUAAAUGUUCAAGUCUAGUUUGAGUUGCUUUGUGCACUGAUGUUUGCACACAAGUGGAAACUUUAACCGAGCUCUGCAUUGCACUUACCAAACUAUUUGAUACAUAUUGUUAUUUGUACAUAUGUUUUAAUUUAGGAUAACGGCAUUUAGGUAAUGCAAUAAGACUUCUGUUCUCUCUGUGGAUGAAUAUGUUAUGUGUUUGUCUCUUUAAAAAGCCAAGGCAUCUCAUGUUGCUGUAACAGAACCCCCCUCACGGCAUGUCUGUUGAUUCACACUGUUGUCUGGUAAUGAUAAUGAAACAUCAAAUGGUACCAUUGACUUUGCCUCAUCCCACCACCAGACAUCCUGUGUUGUCAUUUUUGUUGUGCAUGCUGGUUCAUUUGUACAAGGCAUAUGUUUUAUUGAGGCAGAUUCAGACGGAUUGCUCACAAUUGUUAUGUUAAUUAUAAUUAAUGGCCACUUUUUAAAAGUUCAGUCAUGUUCACUAUACUUGUAGACGUUACACAGGACAUGCGCUCUUCUACUUGUACUCUAAACUUGAUGUGUUUGUGAAAUGAUUUGGGAAACCAUAACUACAGACGAGAACUUUAAUGACAUUUGCCUUGCAAAUUGGUCACUGGUGAGAGAUUUAGUUUGUUGCAGAUUGUUUGCAUCACCAUAUAGAGUACUUUGAUUUUUCAGAUUUAUUUUGAACGCAUGAGCAACCCAUGCAUAAUUCUGCAAAUGUCCUUUUAUUUCAAGAAAGAUGUGAAUGCCUUUUUUUGUAUUUAUAAUUAUAAUUUGUAUUGUUUGUGUCCUGUAAUUUCAUUUGCUAAUUCUGUCUAUUGUAGUAGAUUUUGUUAGUCACUUUAACAGCCACAGCACAAAUCACGCUGGCGUAAUUAUGUGCUGCCGCCAUGAUUCAUCUAGCAUCAGUGUCGUGUACAGUGUCCUGAUUUCCGAGGUGUAUAUUAACUAAUACUUUAAUGAAUUUCGGAGAGACGCUGAUGAAAAUCUGCAAACGUGAAUCUGCAAAAAGAAGGGAUGUUAAAACCGAGUUUGUACGCGUUUUCAUUAACCAGUGUCACGUUUUUUGCCACCACUCUCACCAAAGUGCUUGUUCAAAGAAAGCAGACGGACGACUAACACCUUGGUCUGCGACGGACUGCCACUCUAAUGUUUGUGUCUGAAAGAAAAAAUCCUUGAUGUCAAUGUUAGCCAAAUGACCACUCUGCUUCUUUUACAUUUCCCCCAUCGUGUGUCCGGAGUAAAGGUGGCGAUCUUGAAUUUUAUAUCCUGUGGAUUAAUACUGGAAGUACAAGAUAACCUUUAGGUGUAGAAACAGUAGCUUUUCACAUUUUAUCAUGUUUUGAUUGAAGACAUUUUUACAUACAUUUUAGUCGAGUUUGUGUGGUGCAGUUGUACCCAGUUUAAAAUAAAUGCCUGCCUUAAAAGGUA